UGCGCGUGACGCUGGGGCUCCUGGGCUUUGCGGCCUGGGCGGCGUCCCUGUGCUCAGGGUCCCCAGCCAGUUAGCUGACCAACUGGGGCUGGGGGGUGUUUGCUGGGCUGGGUCCUGUCCCUGGGCUCCGAGGAAAGGACGACGCUGUGGCCCUGGGGCUGUCCGCCUGUGGCCGGUGCUGGAGCCCGGACUGCCCUCUCCUCACCCAGGAGAGGCCGCAGAGCGCACCUCUCGCCUGGGCCCUGGGUCCUCUAACUGGGUGAAGCUUGGCCGGCUGCUGGGAUCCCCGGCCGGGAUGCACUUCAGCACUGUCACCAGGGACAUGGAAGCCUUCACGGCCAGCAGCCUGAGCAGCCUGGGGGCGGCGGGGGGCUUCCCGGGCGCCGCGUCCCCGGGCGCCGACCCGUACGGGCCGCGCGAGCCCCCGCCGCCGCGCUACGAGCCGUGCGCCGCCGCCGCCCCGGGCGCCCCGGGCCCGCCGCCGCACGCCUACCCGUUCGCGCCGGCCGCCGGGGCUGCCACUAGCGCCGCCGCGGAGCCCGAGGGCCCUGGGGCCAGCUGUGCGGCCGCCGCCAAGGCGCCGGUGAAGAAGAACGCGAAGGUGGCCAGCGUGAGCGUGCAGCUGGAGAUGAAGGCGCUGUGGGACGAGUUCAAUCAGCUGGGCACGGAGAUGAUCGUCACCAAGGCCGGCAGGCGGAUGUUCCCCACGUUCCAAGUGAAGCUGUUUGGUAUGGAUCCCAUGGCCGACUACAUGCUCCUAAUGGACUUUGUGCCGGUGGACGACAAGCGGUACCGGUAUGCCUUCCACAGCUCGUCCUGGCUGGUGGCCGGGAAGGCAGACCCUGCCACGCCGGGCCGAGUGCACUACCACCCUGACUCGCCCGCCAAGGGUGCGCAGUGGAUGAAGCAAAUUGUGUCCUUCGACAAGCUCAAGCUGACCAACAACCUGCUGGACGACAACGGCCAUAUUAUUCUCAACUCCAUGCAUAGAUACCAGCCACGCUUCCACGUGGUCUACGUGGACCCGCGCAAAGACAGUGAGAAAUACGCAGAGGAGAACUUCAAAACCUUUGUGUUUGAGGAGACGCGCUUCACCGCGGUCACAGCCUACCAGAACCACCGGAUCACGCAGCUCAAGAUCGCCAGCAACCCCUUCGCCAAAGGUUUCCGAGACUGCGAUCCCGAGGACUGGCCCCGGAACCACCGGCCCGGCGCGCUGCCGCUCAUGAGCGCUUUUGCGCGCUCGCGGAACCCCGUGGCCUCCCCCACGCAGCCCAACGGUGCGGAGAAAGACGCGGCCGAGGCUCGGCGAGAAUUCGAGCGUGACGCGGGCGGGCCGGCCGUGCUUGGGGACCCGGCGCACCCGCCCCAGCUGCUGGCCCGGGUGCUGAGCCCCGCGCUGCCCGGGGCCGGCGGCGCCGGCGGCCUCGUCCCGCUGCCCGGCGGGCCCGGAGGCCGCCCCAGUCCCCCGCACCCCGAGCUGCGCCUGGAAGCGCCCGGUGCGUCGGAGCCGCUGCACCACCACCCCUACAAGUACCCGGCCGCCGCCUACGACCACUACCUCGGGGCCAAGAGUCGGCCGGCGCCCUACCCGCUGCCCGGCCUGCGCGGCCAUGGCUUCCACGCACACCCGCACCCGCACGCGCACCCGCACCAUCACCCCGCCGUGAGCCCCGCUGCCGCAGCCGCGGCCGCAGCUGCCGCGGCCGCCGCCAGCAUGUACUCGUCGACGGGGGCCGCGCCACCCGGCUCUUACGACUACUGCCCCAGAUAAUGCGGGUGCCCGCCCGUGGGUCCGGUCCACCCAGCGUGGACCACCGCGGUGCCCCUUCCCCGGCCUCCAAGCCAUCGGGCCCUCCUCCCGCCAGCCCCAGAGCCGUCCAAGGACUUGGUUCCCUGGCCCCGGGGCCACUGCGGGUCCCUCCCCGGGUCCGCGCCGCCAGUGCCAAAGUGCGCGGUUCGCGGCGGAAGGAAGUGAUAUUUAUUGUUCUCCGCGAGACCGCGUCCUCCCCCGGCCCAGCUGGCAGCUGCAGUGUAGACGACCCGAGAACCCUGUCUGCAGGCGGUGUAGAGACUUGUAGAUAUUUGUAGAUACUGUAGAUACCGUGCCGGCGCCGACUUGAUAAACGGUUUCGCCUCUUUUGGAA